AAGAGUGACUGAGUGAGGGAGGUAACUGUAGGCGCUGUUUAGAUUCUCAUUUGUUUUAAAGCGUGAAAAUUAAGAGCGUUUUCCUCCCUCGGCCGCAAUUUGCUACCAAGUAAGUGUCGCCACCGAUUGACUUUAAGCUGGUGAAGUGAGAGGGUACAAAGGACUGCUUUCGGGAAGAUGUCUCACAUACUUGUUCCGACGUAGGGGGAGUGUGCAGCAGCCAGUUGGCUUGACUUGCUAGCUAGCUCGGUGAGUGGAGGGCUGCGGGCCCUCCUCAGCCUAAAGUAGCUCCUGCAGCUGGGCAGCACAUUGUGCGAAAACGGCCGUUUGACAACUGCACAACCGGGAUAUUAGCAGGCCGGUCCGGACUGACCGAAAGCUCUGGAUCGAUCCUCGGACUGGCGGCUGGUAUCCGUGUCUAAAGCCGCAUUGCUGGACAAGACGACACGAAGUGUGGCGUUGCGUUAUGAGCUCAUGAAACGCAACAGGAGAGAGGAAGAGGGAUGGCGCAGAUUCAUCUUGAUUACACAGUUAGCUAGGCUAAGUAAAUUGAUGCAAGUGUGCUGUUUAAUAUGAUCUAAUCUUUUAAAAGCUGCAACCAGCUCGUCCUUUUUUGACGGAGGAUAAACAUAGCCAUACGGGACUUGGAAUCAGGCAGGCAAUAUGUCGAAAAUGCCGGCCAAGAAAAAGAGCUGUUUUCAGAUCACAAGUGUGACUCAGGCCCAGGUGGCAGCUAUAGGUGCCACCGACGACACGGAGAGUCUGGACGACCCAGACGAGUCACGGACUGAAGACGUGUCAUCGGAAAUAUACGACAUGUCGCGGGCUGAGUACGAGCCUGCGUGUGACAAAAGUUCAUCUGAAGAAGCCCUGAAUAAUGUUGGAGAGCCAGAGGCAAUCAGUGUUAUGGCCCCAUCACACAUACCUCAAGCCGGUCAGUUGUCUUCGCUGUCAAGCAAUCCCAUUGUGGAGUUUCGAAAAGUGGGAGUGUUGGGCUCAGCUCAAGGCGGCCAGCAGCCGCCGGGGAUCGGCGUUACAACUGGUUUACCCCUCAUCACUCAGCCCGGGGCAAUCCAGCAACAGCCUGCUCCAGCAACCAGCGCUGGGCCAUCCAAUGUGUCAGUAAACACAUCCCAACCUGCUGCAGUGACAAGUUCAGCUCCUCCUGCCACCUCCACGGUGAGUUGCACUUCACGCUUCAGGGUCAUUAAACUCGAUCAUGGUACUGGAGAACCCUUCAGAAGAGGCAGGUGGACGUGUACAGAGUUUUAUGAGAAAGACUCUGAGGGCUCUGUUGUGAGUAGGACUGUAGAUAGCAUUAGGCACGCCAGUGCAACACUGGACCCUGCUGCUGACAGAGACAGUGGGCUCGGGCUUACAGGAUGCUCUGUGGUUGCCCCGGCAACACACUCAGGUCAGGGCUUGGGCUCCAUGGCGGAUGCUUCUCUCUCUUCAUCCCGCAUGCAUUCAGUGGAGACACUACCACAGCAGCAGCAACAAAUUCACCAUCAAAACUUCAGCGCCCGUCAACAGGGUGUUAGUGGGUCGGCCACGCACAGUGCUUUCUCUAGCAGCAAGCCGACAGCUGUCCCGGCUCAGCCAACAGUGGGAGGUCUACAGCCUUCUGCUCCCCAGAGCGUGCUGCCUGCUGGACAAAAUGGCUUGCCCCAAUCUGGUGUCCACAUACAAAAGACCUCCAUCAUGCCUCCCCCAGCCCAGCCCAUCCCUUACCCUCCUCAGCAGCAGCAGCAGCAGCUUGCUAUGGGCCACCCCUUGACCAGCCAGUCAUCUGGAUUGAUGCAGAACCAGACAGAGUACUAUCAGCAGCAACAGCCUGCUUCCAUGCAGCCAGGGCUGUCCAGCCUCUCUGCAGGGCUGCAGCCUGUGGGACAAGGACCCGCUUCGGUCAUUCCUCCAACCUCUGGAGGGGUUUCUGUGCCAAGUCAGGUUGGAGAUAUUUCUGGAGCAGGAGGGGGCUCUGUACCUACUGGACAACCAGCUCCGGGCCUCUUGCAGCAGCAGACUAUUGGAAUGGGAGGUGUUGGAAGCUCCAUACUGGUUGGUGGAUCCACUCUGCAGCAACAGACUGUGGGCCAGUAUGCAGCCGCUGGACAGCCUCAACCCCACGGCCUCCACCCUACAUCGUCCGGUGUACAAAAUGUGCCUGCCAUCGCAGUUAGCUCCAGUGUUCCCACCACUGUGCCCACUGCCGUGCCCAGUGCCUCCAGUACAGCCUUGCCAAAUGUGACAGCUUCCAGUUUGCCUCUGGGUCAGAUACCCCACAGCAAGACUCCGGUGGCUUUGGGGGUGCAGGGCUUCCCAGUAAUUGGAUUUGGACAGGUGGAGGGUGGUGCUGGAAGGAAGUUGGAGGGUCUCGUCAACGCACAGUCUCCUGUUGUCUCUGGGAAGGAACCGGUGAAGCCCCUCAUGCCUGAGAGCCUGCAGCUCACAACUCCAGCUGUCAACAGCCUGUUUGGAAUCCACAUACCUGUCGACGGGGAGGAGGACAGGAACCCCUCCAAGGCUUUCUACCAGGCCUUCCAGUCUGGCAGCAGAUUAAGGGACUCAAAGGCCCACAGUGAUAGUGCCUCUGGAACCAAUGUUGUUGCCAUUGAUAAUAAAAUUGAACAGGCUAUGGACCUGGUGAAAAGCCAUCUGAUGUAUGCAGUGCGUGAAGAGGUGGAGGUCUUAAAAGAGCAGAUCAAGGAGCUGUAUGAGAGGAACUCUGUGCUGGAGAGGGAGAACGCCGUGUUGAAAUCUCUUGCCAACAGCGAGCAGCUGUCUCAGCUGCCCGCCCAGUCGGCCGCCAGCUCCGGUGCCACGCCUCCCCAGCAAGGACUCAGCCAGCCUCAGCAACAGGCCCAGCCACCGCUUCAAGUUCAGCCUCAGCCUCAGUCACACCCCCAGCUCCAGCACCACCCUAAACCCCAGCAGUUCCAGACUCAGCCUCAGCCUGACCCUGGCCAACAACAACAACAACAACUGCAACCCAACGUCACCUCCGCUUGAAGUGCAUCUGCCCUGCUUCACAUGGGGCAGAAAAAAAAGAGCAUCUUCUCUACAACUUAUUACAGUUAGUGUAUGUGAAAUUAAAAAGAAGAAAAAAAAAAAAACUUUGUCUUCUUAGCCACCAGCUUGACCACAAAGUACAGUGCUUGUGUGUGUGAGUGUGAGUGUGAGUGAGAGGGUGAGUUAGCAAACAAGUGUGGAUUUGGUGUUGGAAUGUUAGUGUGUAUGCAUCUGUACUGUGGGCCUUUCCAGUGUUAAUGCAAUCAUCAAGAGACAGAGAGACUUGGACAGAGAGAAAGUGUGUGUGUAGAGACAGAGUAUCAGGGACGGUCGAGGUGGUUUUCUUCCGUCUUGAGUUGACUGCUGGGCCCAAGCUUCUGGAAAGGAUGUCCAAUCUUGGACCAGGCCAGAGCAAGAAGGACCUUCGACCAGACCUGAAACCUGCUCAAACCAUGGGUGUGGAAAGGGAGGGGUACACCUCGCAUAAGGGACAAACAGGAGUGAUUGUCAAAAAGAGAGCAAUUAUUUUUUUAAAUGAGAUAAUUGAGUGGGUAAAGAGUUAUUUUUAGCCUUGCUGUUUCAUGUUGUAAAGUAAGAAGUGGGAGAGAGAGAGAGAGAGUCUGUUUUUCGGAACGACACACUGCUGCCGUUACUUUUACAUCAAGUCCAACUCUUGCAUCAGUCUUUUUGAGUUCUACUGUUAAGUGUUUUAUUUAUUACAGGGCUGCUAAUUUCAAAAAUGAACAAUUUCAUGAAAGCUGUUUAACAGUAGCCCAAUGACUUGUUCCUCGUUUCUUCUACAGUGUUUCAACAGAUUGGCCGCACGUCCCAGGGGCAAUGCUUUAUAUUUGUCAAAAAUGUAGGCAAGAUGAAAUUCUGACAAAUGUUUAACACUAACUCAAAUUUUACGCUGCAAUUGCCAAUUCAUAGCUCAAGUCAAAAUCCUGUAUGAAUGUACAUUUUUGUAUAGUAUAAAGUAUUAAGAGCCUUGAUGGGUGACUCUUCACCUGUUGACAUCAAAUAUUAACGUGAACCUGCUCAAGGCAGUCGAUGAAGAUUCAGUUCUGUUGGUAGUUUAUCUGAAAGUGAAUUAGUAUUGCCAUACAUGCCCCCCUCCUUACCUUAUUUUUUUCCAUUGUUUUUCCUGAGGGGGCCAGGGGGAAAAGCUGUGAAAUCAUUCAACCUACUUUGUAACCAAAGAUGCAAAGCUGUGUAAAUUGAUUAUUUUUAAAUGCACACAUUUAUGUUUUGUUUUUUUUUUGGUUACUUCCUCUUUCACAAAAUAUUUUGUUGCUGUUCAGCAUGUUCUGCAUGAUCUGUAAUCUUCAAACCACUUUCUUACCUCAUUUUUAUUCAGCACUCUUAUUGUAAGAUAGUCUGUGAACAGUGUAAAUGGGGGAAAUGAUGUGGCACAGAGAGAAAAAUAAACUAGUGUUACUGACACUAGUCACAGAAAAAUGAAGUGAGCCAUGUUUUGUUCAUUUAAAUGGUGUUUGAAUUUCAUAUGCCAAUAGUUUUGUUACAUUGCAAAUUUUAAUGUAUUUAAAUAAAAGCAAUAUUCAGAUU